AGAAGAUGAGGAGCUUAAAAAGGACAUGUUUAUGGAUGAAACUUCAGUGGGAACCAUCAAAUUAUAGGAGUGUCAUUAUCGGUUUAAAGAAGUUUUCUUCUUUGCCGCAUUGGGAUGAAAAUUUGGAUAUUCGAAAAUGGAACAAAAAGGUCUCUAAUUUUAUCAGAGGAGGUCAAAUUAAUGAAGCAAGAAGACUCUUUGAUACAUUGCAGUACAAAAAUACUGUUACAUGGAAUUCGAUGAUUAGUGGGUAUGUGAAAAAUAGAGAGAUAGUAAAAGCAAGAAAACUGUUCGACGAAAUGCCGCAAAGGGAUGUUGUUUCUUGGAAUUUGAUUAUAUCAGGUUAUGUUCGUGGAAGUAAACAAAUUGAAGAAGGAAGAUAUUUGUUUGAUCAAAUGCCGGUGAGAGAUAAGGUUUCUUGGAAUACGUUGAUUGGUGGGUAUGCCAGAAAUGGAAAAAUGUAUGAAGCUUUGGAUAUGUUUCGCAGAAUGAAUGAGCGGGAUACUAUCACUUGGAAUACGAUGAUUACCGGGUUUUUGCAGAAUGGGGAUGUUGUAAGAGCAAUGGAACUGUUCAAGGAAAUGCCUCAACGGGAUUCGGCGUCUAUUAGUGCUCUUGUUUCAGGUUUAAUUCAGAAUGGUAAAUUAGAUGAAGCAGCAAAAGUUUUGUUUGAAGUUAAAAGCUUAAGUGAUGGUGUUACGGAUGUGAUUCAUGCUUAUAACACUCUGAUUGCUGGGUAUGGUCAGUGCGGAAGAAUUGUUGAAGCGCGACGUUUGUUUGAUCAAAUUCCUUCUCACCUAGAUGAAGGGAGAGGUGAAGAACAAGUCAGCUUUGUAAAGAAUGUUGUUACUUGGAACUCUAUGAUGAUGUCUUACAUUAAAGCAGGAGAUCUUUCCUCGGCUAGGGAACUUUUUGACAAUAUGCUGACACGAGAUGUCAUUUCAUGGAAUACCAUGAUUAGUGGGUACACUCAAGUGUGUAAUUUAGAAGAAGCAGCAAAGCUUUUCCAUGAGAUGCCAAAUCCUGAUUCCCAGUCAUGGAAUUCUAUGAUCUCGGGAUAUGCACAAAAUGGCGACUUGGAACUUGCUCGUAGUUUCUUUGAUAAAACACCUAUUAAAAGCUUGAUUUCAUGGAAUUCAAUGAUAUCAGGGUAUGAACAGAACGGAGAAUAUGAAGAAGCAGUAAGACUCUUACAUCAGUUGCAAGGAGAAGGUGAAAGACCUGAUAAACACACUCUAUCAGCAGUUCUCAGUACAUGUGCUGGGCUUUCAGCUCUUCAUUUAGGAAUGCAGAUUCAUCAACUGGUCAUCAAACUGGUAAUUGCAGAUGUACCAAUAAAUAAUGCGCUUAUCACGAUGUACUCGAGAUGCGGGGUUAUAUCAGAUGCACGUUCAGUAUUUGAUGAGAUGGCUUUGAAGAGAGAUGUGGUUUCUUGGAAUUCAAUCAUCGGAGGGUAUGCAUAUAAUGGUUUGGCAGUGGAGGCUCUCAAGUUUUUUGAAGAGAUGAAGAGUGAGAAUGUGAAACCUACACAUAUAACAUUCGUUUCAGUGUUGAGUGCUUGUGCUCAUGCUGGUUUAGUAGAUGAAGGUAGGAGGCAAUUCAAAUCCAUGGUCUAUGAGUACGGCAUUGAACCACUUAUGGAACAUUUUGCCUCUCUUGUGGACGUCAUUGGUAGGAACGGGUAUGUAGAGGAAGCCAUGAAUUUGAUCAAAACCAUGCCGUUCGAACCAGAUAGUGCUGUUUGGGGUGCAUUACUUGGUGCAUGUAGAAUUCAUAACAAUGUAGAUUUUGCUAUAAUUGCUGCCGAAUCUCUAAUGAAACUUGAGCCAGAAAGCUCAGCACCCUAUGUUAUGCUACAUAGGCUGUAUACCGAUGCUGGGAGAUGGGAAGAUGCAACAAGAGUAAAGACAAUGAUGCAAGGGAAUAAGAUCAAAAAACAAGCUGGGUAUAGUUGGAUUGGGUUGCAAUAAGUUCAUGUUUCUCGUGCUUCAGAUAGAGAGAACACUUCCACUUCUUAGUGGGAUUGCAUGAGAGCUACCAUGUGAUGAUUCAAAUUUCGGAUUUGAUUGAAACUGCAUUUCUGAUCUGAAACUCUUGACAGUGGUUGAAACUGUGGGAUAGGUAAGUUGGAUUUGAUCCAAGCCUAAUCAAAUGUUCGUGGUUAAGUAGACUUAAUCGCAAGCCCAACCUGGGAAACAAAAACGCCUCAAAUAAUUUGGUUGCAACAAUUUGUUAAUUUUAGGUUUGUCCCCGUGUACGAGACACAGAUGCUAGUCGACGCACCAUGCACACAUAUUUGCAAUAGUAUAAAAAUGUAGCAUAAGUGCCCAAAUACUUGCGCAUGGCCAGGAAAUCGUACCGGAAGACUGUUCCUGUGCCAAGUGGUCGAUUGGACACAAAUAAUAGUGUAGCUAAUGUGUACAUGCAUGUUAAAUGGACAUAAUACUGUAAGAAGGGUUCAUGUAAGAGGGUGAGGAAAUAAUAAAAUCAAUAAGAUUACACUCUUAUAUGGAUAUGUGGUUCUUGCAGGGGACUGGCUGUAACAAUUAUGGAGACAGAAGUAGGGAAAACUUGAUAUUAAGGAACAGCCUUUCCAACUCCCAGACUUCAUUGCGGCAACUGGAAUCGAGAAAAUUAGACAGGCAUAUAUUGAGAAAGAGGAUAGUAAAAAGUUGAAACAGAAGCAACGUGCGCGUAUGCAAC